GAAUCUCCUUCCUCACCAAAGCCAUGGCCGUCGUCGAUCUUCACCAUCUUCUCUCCUUCAUUGCUGCCGAACCCUUUCCUCACCAAAGCCAUGACCCUCCCUUUCUCAUUGCUGCCGAAUCUCUUUCCUCACCAAAGCCAUGGCCGUUGAGCAUUCCGAAUCUAACAAAUCAUGAAGCGUCAAUCUUCAUCAUCUUCUCUCCUUCAUUACUGCCGAACCGCUUCCUCACCAAAGCCAUUACCCUAUCUUUCUCAUUGUUGUCGAAUCUCCUUCCUCACCAAAGCCAUGGCCAUCGAGCAUUCCAGAUCUAACAAAUCAUGGCGUCGAUCUUCAUCAUCUUCUUUCCUUCAUUGCUGCCGAACCCCUCUCAUGGUUGUCGGACCACUUGCAGGCCAGAUUUAACAAACCACCGCAGCCCUCUUUUUUUUUUUUUUUUUCCCUUGAUCAUUGCUUUGUUGUUUUUCCCUUUUUCUGUUCUUUCUUUGUGUUGAUGGUGAUUUCU